GCUAACCUAAACCUCAGAAAACAAUCGCACAAAAGCAACCACAACUACACCUCCAACUACUAGCUAGUUUAGCUAUGUGCCAGUUGGAAACCGGUAACUCUUUCUCUUGAUAUAAUCACAUUCCAAACACAGCCUUACAUUGUUUCAACUCAAAUUACUCUUUCCCUUUCUCACACAAUUAUAGAUACAGAUACACACAAAAUGUCCUCCGGUAGGUAUCCGGAUUUUUAUAAUUCCGGCGGGCUUAACGGGAGGUCUGUUAUGAAUAUUAACAACUCUCAAGGUCCGUACCGGCCAUAUCUCGCCGGAAUUACACCCGAUCAGGCUUCUCUUCUUCAACGGCGCUCCGAUUUAAUCGGGAAGCGUUCUCUCGCGGAUUUUCAGCAGCAAUUUCAGCAUCAGCAACAGCAACAGCUCGGAGUUUAUCUACGGGACGUGAAGCAGAGAGUGAAUUAUCAACAGCAUGCGUCGCCAAUUUCGACGCUCUCGCCGCCGGUUGAUUUUUCCGGUAACUCUCUUUCCCCUGAACUCUCUGCCAUUUCUUCGUCUUCGAUAUAUGGAUUACCGGUUUUGCAACAACUCCGGCGACCUGCCGGCGUUCCGAUAAUUUCGGACGUGGUCGUGAAAACCGAGGAGAACAAGAUGAUGAGUCGGUUACAGGAGCUUGAGAACGAGUUGUUGACCGACGAGGAAGAUCAAAAUGGCGUCGUUUCGAUUCUAUCAAACAGCGAGUGGUCCGAGACGAUCCAGAAUCUCAUCGGGUCGGGUCAUAAACCUUACAUCUCGCCUUCACCUACAUCAUCAGCUUCUUCCUGUUCAUCUUCCUCGAUAUCUCCGCCUGUUUGCGCCAAACAGUCCUUAAUUGAAGCCGCAUCAGCCAUCUCGGACGCAAAGAACGACGUCGCUUUAGACACGCUCACGCGCCUGAUCAAACUCGGCAACACUAAAGGGACCUCGGAACAGAGACUAGUUGCCUACCUCGCUCAAGCGCUGAUGUCGCGCGUGCAGUCCACUCAGUCUCCAACUGAUUUAUAUUCCAAGGACCAUAUGCUAUCAACUCAAAUGCUUUACGAAAUGUCGCCGUGUUUCAAACUCGGCUUCAUGGCGGCUAAUCUAGCGAUACUCGAAGAAAUCGGAUCGGAUGCUAACGCCGUUAAGCUCCACGUCGUUGAUUUUGAUAUCGGACAGGGGCGACAGUACGUACACUUGCUACACACGCUAGCUGCAAAAAUAAAGAACGAGAAUAAAUUAAUCUCGUUGAAGAUAACGGCGUUAGUUGAUCAUAGCGAUUUGUCAUCGCAAUUGACGAUCGUUAGAGAUAAUCUCAAUGCGGUUGCGAGCAGAGCUGGUGUGAAUUUUACGUUUAAUGCCAUGAGUUCGAAUGCGAUCAAAUUGACAUCUGAUGCAAUUGGGGUCCAAAGCGACGACGUUUUGGUUGUAAAUCUCGCAUUCAAGUUGUUUAAGCUCCCUGAUGAGAGUGUGACAACGGAUAAUUUGAGAGACGGAUUGCUCCACAGUGUUAAAGCGUUGUCACCAAAGGUGGUAACGGUUGUUGAGCAGGAUAUGAACUGCAACACGGCGUCGUUUUUGCCGCGCGUGAAUGAGGUUUUGAAAUAUUAUGGCGCGUUGUUUGACUCACUCGACGCUACGUUGAGUAGGGAUAAUGUGGAUCGAAUGAGGAUAGAGGAAGGGCUGAGUCGGAAGAUGUGUAACUCGGUUGCGUGUGAGGGGAGAGACCGGGUCGAGAGAUGCGAGGUGUUCGGCAAGUGGAGGGCCCGGAUGGGAAUGGCUGGGUUUGAGGCGAAGAAGAUGAGUCAAAAACUAAUUGACUCACUCCGUGUGAAGGUUAACUCGGGGACACGUGGUAAUCCGGGAUUCACAGUUAAUGAAGAAGCUGGCGGAGUUGGUUUUGGGUGGAUGGGACGCUCGCUCACUGUCGCGUCGGCUUGGAGAUGAAUAAAUAAAUUUUCUAAUUUGGAAAAUAAAUAACAAUUAUUUUUUUUGGGUAAUUUUGUUAGGUGAAGUAAUGGGAAAUGAACAGAUAUGUUAAAGUUUCUGUGUGUAGCUAUAAUAUUUAGUAACGAACGGAAAUGAAUAUGCCUCCACCAAACGGAUGACCAAACAAAGGCGUGUUUGGAUGGGAGACAAAUAUCGUGUAUGUAUGUGUAAAGAUUGUGGGCUAUAUAAAAUUUAUAUUAGCUGGUAAAAA